AUGGAUCAGUUGCAUAGAUCGUCGGUGUUCUCGAAGAUUGAUUUGAGGUUGGGAUACCAUCAAAUCCUAGUGAAGGCAGAUGAUGUGCAGAUGACAGCCUUCCGGUCUCGAUAUGGGCACUACGAGACUCAAAAGGAACAUGCAGAACACUUGAGGUUAGUGCUUGGUGUCUUGAGGGUAAAGCAACUAUAUGCCAAGUUGUCCAAGUGUGAGUUUUGCAUGGACGAAGUACAAUUCUUAGGGCAUGUGAUAUCCGCCCAGGGUAUAGUAGUGGAUCUAGCAAAAGUUGAGGCAAUGGUAAAGUGGGAGAGCCCCAAGUCAGCAACCGAGAUCAGAAGCUUCGUGGGUUUAGCUGGCUACUACAGGAGAUUCAUAGAGGGAUUCUCUAAAAUAGUGGCACCAUUGAUACAACUUACUCAGAAGGACCAACCCUUCACUUGGACGGAUAAGUGUGAGGAAAGUUUUCAAGAGCUUAAGCGAAGGUUGACGAGUGCUCCAAUACUUGUGAUCCCUGAUGUUGGUAAACCUUUCGAGAGGAGGUGGAUGGAGUACCUGAAAGACUAUGAUUUUGAACUGCUAUAUCACCCGGGGAAGGCAAAUGCAGUAGCCGAUGCCUUGAGUAAGAAGACAGUGCACACCGCGCAUCUUAUGAUAAAGGAAGUGGAGCUACUAGAACAGCUCAGGAUCCGAGUUCAUUAG